AGUUGCUCUUCAUAUUCAAUUGCCGUAUCUAUCUAGCGCCUGCUUGCCAUGGACGCCUCUCGCCCUCUACUGGCCGGCGACACUAGCGACGAGGAAGAGCUUGGUGCUCGUUCUCCCGAUUGUCUGUCCAGGUACCUGUCGGCUGGCAACGGCACGAGUCUUACCAACGGGAAAACGCCAAGUAACGGGCACAGUGGCAACGGCCACGCUCCCUACUUCGCCUCGAGCGAUGGCAAAGGCGACGACGAUCUGGACCAGGACAAACGGAUACUAUGCUGCCGGCCCUGUAGCCAGUGGCCAUGCUGGAAGUGGGUCUUUCCGGAUCGCAUAGGCGACUACGAAGAUUUCGCCACGUCAGCUCAGAUGGGAGAAAUCUAUGCACUACGACAGACAGCACGCGAACAAUUCGAACCGACGCUGCCAGGUACAGAGCUGAGAUGCAACUAGUGGGUUCUCGAGUUCUCGAUUGCAGGAGUCUGACACGGCUGCCUCUUAUAUAGAGGAUGAUGACAUGCUGCAGCACCUCUGGAGCGGCCUGUUCCCCACACUGCCGUACGAAGGACGCGUCAACGUGCGUUGGCGAGACGUGGGCUUCCAAGUGCGAUCGACAGUCUUGUCAGCAUGCUUCAAGUGUUUUGAACUGAUGCUGACACUUGCUGCUCUUUGCGUUCUUGCUUCACAGAACGACGACCCGGCGUCUGACCUCCGCACUUCAGGACGACUGGCGAUCCGGAUGCUACUCUACUUCUCAGAUCACCUCAACGACGAGUUCAAGCGAAUGCUACGUGAGAAUCGCUUCCCUGUGUGCUUGUGCGCACUGAAUCUGCUGGAAAUGCUGCUGUGCCACUUGAAACUCAAAGAGCCGCUUCCACUCGUGUGUCCGUGCUGCGGUACGGAAAACGCCGAGCUCGAGACAUCCCAGCAGCCCAGUCGGUCACACCCGGAGCUGCGUGGGUUUGUAGCUCUCAUGGGGGACGCAUCCUCGCUCGCGUCAUCGGCCUUCUCUCAUCAAUUAGCGUGCGCAGAAGGUGGACCAGCCGAGAUUGCGCUUGCACACGUGUUCGCGCACUCGUUAUUAGUGAUGGACGCCGUGUGGAAGCAGCAGCUACAGCGAGAUCCGACCACAACGUUGAUGCAUUUCCGAGAAGCUCUGGUAGAGACAAGAGUGCGGAUUGUGGCCUUCCUGUCACGUCGACGCCUGCCCCUGACACUUGCAGAGCUCGAUGUCUGGGGCUACCGACAACGAGCACGUUGCCGCAGUUUCCGCAAGGCCGCGUAAGUACGUCAGUUGUUAUAUUAGCUAGUACCGAUAACUAAUAGCGAUCAAAGCACACAAACAGCGAGUAGGGUGGAUUUAUCUAUGC